AUGAAACUCUCAGCUGCCUUGCUCAGCAUACUAGUGGUUCUCACCUCCGCCCUAACCAUCUCCCCAACCUCGACAGGGAACAAUGACUCCGCCAUCGAAUGCGGCGAUCUAGGCGUCAUGGUCAUUCCUGCAGCGGAUCUCCCCGAAGGCGUCCUUCCCAGCGACGUCCGCAAAUGCAGAGAGCAUCCACUCGGCCGCAACAGGUACCUUGAGAGUGCAUCGCUGGCACCGCUAGACCCGGUGGAUGUCCAGGCCUUGACGGGCAAUACGGCUUCAGGGGGAGCACGCUCAGAACCUAAGCACCUCAACACUUCCGAGCCACAGGCCUGCUACAGGGAUGCGCCGUACGGGUGCUCGAAGGGAUACUGCUGGAAGGUCUGCGGUAGCAAUGGCGAGUGGUGCUGGACGGCCAAGGGCGGUGGGGCCGGGGCGUGUGUUUUGAGAGAGGCGUACCAUAUAUUACUAUUCAACUCUAGACUCUCUCUCCCUAUCAUCAUGGGCGCAUCGACCGAGAUACACCCCGCAUUUUUCCGUCUUCCGGUAGAACUGAGAUUGCAGAUCUAUGCCCUGUCGUUGAACCGCGCCGUGCCCCCGCACAGCCUUCUCCGCGUCUGCCGCCAAGUGCGGGCGGAAGCACUCUCCGUCGUGCUGCGCAAGAGACGCUUCUUCGAGAGGCUAGACCAUCUCGUAACAUGGCUCCAGCAGAGCCCGGCGCAUCUGCUACCUCUGGUCCGGUCGAUCCACGUCAAUUGCAUCGUGGGCAGCGCGUUGUUCGCCGCGCCGGCGCCGAAGCCAUCCACAUUGUGGCAAGAGAUGUACCGAAGCAUCGUCUCGACGGCCCCAACCCGCUCACCCGCCCCCGUGGGUCCUCUACCCGCGUCCGUGGUCGCAGAAGCACUGGCCGCGCUGAGUGGGGUCCGCGACUUUGGGAUCUUCGUCAUGCAGAACAUCGCGCGCCCCAGCUCCCCCCCGUUCCUCGCCGACCAGCGUCUGCUCCUGACCACUCUGGGGACCCGCAUGCCGCAGAUCCAGAAACUGGAGCUGGACAUCGACUUCGUUUCCUUGGAUGUUCUGCGUUGGUUCGCUGCUGAGCUGCAUCAUCUGACAAUCUCAGGGUACGCCGCGGCCGCGGACAACAACAACAACGACGAUGACAAGGCAACAGACACCAUCGCUAUAUUCCGGGACCUCAGACACCUUCAAAGCUUGACGCUGCUGAACGAAAUGAACACGCUGCUGGCCCGCGUGGUCGACAAGGAUGCGUCCCGCCUGGCUCCGCUUGUCGCCGUGACGCCGGAGGUGGUGCGGGAGAUGCAUCCGCUGCAGGGGUUCGCGAUCACGAGCUUGCACGAUCAACACUUCGAGUCCCACUUCCUGACGGCGGCAAUGAUCCGUGCGCUACUGCAUACGCAUGCGGAUACCUUGCUGAAACUGGAGAUCUGGAGCGACGGCCAGGUGACCGAUGAGGUGGCCGUCGAGUUGACGAAGUUGCUGCCGCGGUUGGCCCAGUUGAGAACUUUGAGGCUGCACUUCCGGUAUUCUCAGGCUCUAGGCCUUAAUCUCCAAGACUUCGUGCUGCCAACUGUCGAGACUGUUGAUUUGCAGUGCGAGAAGUGCUAG